AUGGGUCUCAGGGAGGCAGAGCUAAAACAAGGAGUGGAACCCCUCACAAGCUGGGACCCUUGGUUAGUCCUGAAGGUCAAGUCCCUGAAGCUCUACCUGCUCUCCUUGCCCGUUAAGGAAUCUGAGAUUAUUGGCUUUUCCCUGGGCAAAUCCCUAAAGAGUGAGGUUCUAAAGAUCCUGCCAGAGCAGAAGUGGCUCCAGCUGGCUCGAGGGCCAGAUUUAAGGCUUUUGUCGCUAUUGGGGACUACAAUGCUCCCAUUGGUGUUGGUGGUAAGUUCUCCAGGAGGUGGGCACUGCCAUCGAGGGGCCAUCAUCUUGGCCAAGCUCUCCAUCACCCCUGUGCAGAGAGACUACUGGGGAGGCACUGACAUUGUCUCUGCUCCUGUGCCCAAGAAGCUACUGAGGAUGGCUGGUGUUGACGACAGCUUACACAUCAGCCAGAGGCUGCGCUACACCCUGGUCAACCUUACCAAGGCCACCUUUGAGGCCAUCUCUAAGACCUACAGCAACCUGACCCCUGACUACUGGAAAGAGUCUGUGUUCACCAAGUCUCCUUAUUAG